CAUGCCAUGUAUAAGAGUUUACCGUGCAUACAUCAAUAACAGCUCUCUAGUCACAUCCUAACCGACUCCUAGCUGUUUCCUUCUAUCAAGGAUUGCACAUAGUAAUAGGUCGACCAAAAAUGUUCCACAUAAGCCCACUGCUUGGGUGGAGCGAAAGCUAGGGCUUGAACCGAAUGGGCAAGGGCAGUUCACGAUAUAUAGGAAGACCCAAAUGACGGUAUAUCUAUUAUAAAUAGUACAAUAGAAUACGGGAUAUCUCAUGCGCAAAUGGCGUGCAAAGCCCGACCGGGUCGCCAAGGGCGGGCCAGCAUGGAGCCUGGGGGGUAACAAAGUUCACGACGAGGACGCGCUUCGCUGGAAGCAUCUGGUGUCACAGCAGGAGGCGCUUGCACUGUUGAGCCAGGCUGGCCCAGGUACUCCCUGCUUACCGGCUAACCAUGUCGCCCCCGCCAUGGCGCCCGAGGCUUGCAGCAGCGCAGUGGACUACACACGGGCGCUGCAAGAUGACGCGCGGCAGGCCGUGUUCAAGCACUGCCAGCUAGUGUCCCGCCAUGAGCGGCUGCUGCUGGAGGGACAGGAGCGACUCAAGUAUGUGCAGACCCACAUGACGCAGCUGAAGGCCCAGCUGCAGCCGGGGCCGCCGGCGGGGUUACCGGGGGAACCACCGCCGCAUGCAGCUGCUGAGGCGGGCGGUCAGGCGACAGCACGGAAGGGCCCCGACGUGCAGGUGAUCCCGCUGCGGCGCCCCACCUGCUGGGCCUCCUGCUGCGGCCUGCUGGACCUGCCCGGGGAGCCGCUGCCGCUGCCGCUGCAGCCGACACAACCUGUACCACCACCACAUGCAGCAGCAGCAGCAGCAGCAGCUGCACUGCCGCUGCCGCUCCCGCUGCCGCCGCCCGCCUACUUCCAGGAAGCUGCCCAGGCCACCCUUGCGGCACGCAGGAGGCAGAUGGCCGCAUCGCAAGGAGGCGUGAGCAGCCCCCCACUAGGCAGCACGGGCGGAGCGGCCCGGGGCGCCCACCACCCGGGCGCGGAGGGCUCCGGAGGCGGCGCAUCGCAGCCCCUGCCCCUGCCCCUGCCACUCCCCCCCGCCGCAACCGCCGCCAGCAGUGCCCCUGCCCCUGCCAGCGCCCCCCCGCCGGGUCCGGGUCCCCAGCAGGAAGGCCCCGGGGUCCGGCAGCCGGCGGCUCC